CGGCAUCAAGGGGAUUUGCGCGCAAAGAGAAGGAUCCUCGCGUCGCUCUGCCUGCGCGGGAGCUCGUUCCUGCCGUCCCUUUUUCUGUGUUUGCGCUCAUGAAAUGGCUCGUCGGACGGUGGUGAAUUCUUGGAUAUAAUGAUGAAAAGUUUUUGUGACUGUUAUAGCAUGGUGUUUGUACUGGUAGCCGGGCGACGCAGCCCGGAGCAUCGCGCGUCAAAAAUACUCGCACGUGAUCGCUUUGCCUCGUACAGCGCCGAAAUAGCGACUUGCCUCACCCGACAACCUCGAGGCGCCGCGCUGGACGCGGCGCGAGGCCGUUCGUCUCGCUACCGCAGCGCACUGUGCCGCGCCGCGCUGCGACCUGCCGUGCGGCCAAAGUGCGCCGAGCGCGAUGCUCCCUGGCACCGGUGCGCUGUUGCCGCCUCCAUCGAGGUUGGCAUCUGA